AUGUCUAUAUCAGGUGUUGUUAGAUUAGGAAAACCAUCGAGAAAAGCUAUCUUUUCAAUGACCGACUCAGCUGUAAAUAAAAUUAGAGAGUUAAUGAAACAAGAAGGAAAAGAGAACUUUUUAGGUAUGAAACUCGGUGUCAAACAAAAAGGUUGUUCAGGUUUAGCAUAUACUCUAGAUUUCACAAACCAACCACCCAAUAAACUAGAUGAAGUUGUAACCGAUAAAGGUGUAACAGUAGUUGUAGAUUCUAAAGCAUUAAUGUCAGUGAUAGGCACUGAAAUGGAUUACAUAGAAGAACCUAUAAAGAAAGAGUUUAUAUUCAUCAAUCCUAAUGCAACCAAUACUUGUGGUUGUGGUGAAUCAUUCACCGUCAAAGACCCAGUCAUACAAUUUGCAAAUAAAUCCGAUCCUGCAAGAAAUUAA